UCGUUACUGUUGAAGUGUUCUUGCAUGCGUUAUCUGUGGUAGCCCGCUUUCAUCCUUCAUCUUCACAUUAAUUAUAUUCGGGCGUUUGGUGAUUCGAAAGGUAUAUAGCCCUAUUGCAGUCCCAAGCUUGUUCUUCUCAGAAUGUAGGCUCGUUGUGCAAGCAGCUGAGUGGGAUUUCUGGAGCGUUCGUGCUGUGUGGUUUGGAAACUAACACUUGACUGUGUUGCAUAUUGGCGAGCUGGCUGGUGGGGUAACUCGUCGCUAGCGGGCAGCUAUGGCAGAUCCGCAGCUGGUAUCGCUCAAUGUUGGUGGAGUGCGGUUCUAUACAUCUCGGGAAACACUUCUGUCCAUUCCGAACACAUUCUUUUCAAGUCUUGUUAGUGAACGGAUUCCAAGUGCACGGGAUGACAGCGGUGCGCUGUUCAUUGAUCGAGAUCCCACGCUCUUCAGCAUUAUCCUCAACUACAUGCGAACGAAGAAGUUAGAUCUAAGGGGACAGAGCAUCUACAGUGUCCAGAUCGAGGCGGAGUUCUUCAACAUUCAGCCGCUUGUUCGCAUGUUGCAGCUGGUGGAGGAACAUGGCCGCUCUGGAUGUGGUGACAUCCUUUUCCAUGCAUACCUCCAGCCUCCAGCAUUUGACGUUGUGGGAGACAGUGGACUUGUGAGUAGUUCAUGGGACAACAACAUGGCGAGGUUCAUGGCUGCGCCUGCAAAGAGUGGUGUGGACAGUGACCCGGUGUUUCGUAUUGUAGGUCAUCAGAACUGGCUGGCUGCUACCUAUACACAACACGUGUGCUGUUACAGACGGAAAGAGUCGUUCGGCUGGGAACUGGUGUUCAUUAGUCCUGUCAUCCAGAGACCACAGCAGAUUGCAUUCAAUUCUAAAGUCACAACAGGCAACCAGAUCAAGCAGCUGCUGGCAGUAGCAUCGGGAGGAAACAUCUGUGUAUGGGAUGUGACUGCACCCGAUGCAGCUUCAACAGAGAUCACUAAGCACGACUUUGCUAGUACCGUCGACUCGCUGAUCUUCAUCGGCCCGCAGCUAGUAGCCCUGAGCAGUACUGGGAAAGUGGCCGUGUGGAAUCCAAUGACGCGCCAGUGGAAAGUGCAGCAUGUGACACCCAUCACCAGUCACGACACGGCCGGCUCAUCCCUACUCUUGGGCUGUGCCAAUGGCAAGAUCUACUACAUUGACAUGGAGAAGUUUCCAGUGCGCAUGAAGGACAACGAUCUUCUUGUUACCCAGCUCUACCAAGACCCUGCUAAGGAAGCUGUAACGGCAUUGAGUGUCUAUUUCACUCCUAAGAUGUGCACUAUUGGUCACUGGUUGGAGAUAGCGUACGGCACGGCCAGUGGAACGGUGCGUGUCAUUGUUGAGCACCCGGAGACACUCGGACAGGGAUUUCAGCUGCUGCACACCUUCACCGUGCAUCGGUCGCCUGUGGUACGGGUCAUGCUAGGAGAGAAGCACCUGAUCUCUGUCUGCUCCGAUUGCAAUCACGUGCGCACGUGGACAGUGACUCGUUUCCGCGGUUGCCUGUCCACGCAGCCAGGCUCGCAGCCGCUCGCUUCAUUCAAUGUCAUGUCUCUGGAGGGUGGCAUUGGUUCUGAUGGUGUAUCACCUUCUCCAUCUGCUAGAGAUAUCGGGCCAUUCGGAGAUCACGAUGACCAGCAAGUGUUCCUUCAGAGUGUAGUGCCUGAGUCCAAUGAACUGUAUGUUCGCCUCUCCUCAACCGGCAAGAGGCUGUGUGUCUUGAGGCCAGUUGACAGCUCCAACAUCACCGCACACUGUGUGCACGAGUUUGAUGGUGGUAGCCGCAUUGGCUCCAGGUCCCGCAGAUACGUUGUCACGGGACAGUCGAAUGGCUCAAUUCAGAUGUUCGACUUGACGACUGCAGUUGAACAUGGGCGAACAAAUGUGAUGGGCAGCGACAUGGUUCCCUUUGAUGUGUCAAGCGGACCGAAUCAGAUGGAGUUCUUGGGUGCACUUGAACAGCUGGAGCUACGCACAGCCUCAUCUCUGGAGUCCUCAUUGCGCACGGCAUCGGAGAGGUCACUAGCGGGCAGUCUUCGUUUCUACCACUCGGCAGCCUCACCCAGCCCUCAGUGUGUACACCAUGGCAUGGCAGGGAACGGAGGGGGCUACUCUAGCCUGCGAGGUUCUGGUCGGGGUGGCAACUUGGCCGCUGCUGCUGCCACUUCUGCCGCUGUCGCUGCUCAGGCUUCGGCCAGUCAGCAGCAGCAACAGCAGCCGCAGCGGCAGUCACAGCAGCAUCUUAGUCAGCAGCCGCGACAGGAGGCUCAAGCUCCCCCUCCGACUGCAGAAGCCACUGUGUCUGAGCAAGGAGGGGCAGACUCAGGAGGAGACUUAGCAGUAGUGAACGUAUCACCAGUACCAGAGGCAGAGGCAGAACAGAACCCUCCUCAGAAAACAGAGAAAGAUGAUGUUGCCACUUACAUGUACAGCGGUUCUCCUCCUUUGAGCUCGUCCAGAGCAUCACGCUCAUCUCUUCUCUCCGAGUGUGGACAGCAAUCACCAACAAUACAGCGGGGACGAUCGGCAACAAUCAGUUGCCUUCCAUCAUCAUCUGGUAGUAGCGUAGACUCUAGGGCUGCUAUCAUGCAAGAAGGCCCGUUCACCAAGCAUGCUGGCAGCAGUGCAGCAGCUCACGGUAGUACUCAUGCUGUAUCCAAUAUUAGCAUGCCCUUGUCGCUCAGCCCCCAGUCCAGCGCAGUGCAGGACCACUCUCCCACAUCACACACUGUGGUGCCCUUAAGCGCUGCUGCUCACACUAGUAAUCAAGCGGCGGCGGCGGUGUCAACUAGCUACCAUCACCGGCGCAGUAUGAGUAUGUCUGCCACAGCCGGUACCAGUAGCAGCAGCGGUGCGUCGGGAAGCAAGCGCUCGCCGCCAUCGCAGCCUUCCAACAGCGUCAAGCUAAGCUUGUCGGCCGGCGAGGUGUCUGCGCCGAUCACACAGAGUUCUGGCGUCAGCGGUGUCAUGUCAUCGUCGCUGGUGUCCGCUGCCUCAGCAGCACGCCAUGCCACAGCAGCCUCUACACAGUCAGCCAGCAGUGCGCAGUGGCAAGCGGCACAUCUCGCACGCUUUGGGGCACUGCCUGCUAGCUCAUCCCUGGACGAGCGUAAUUCCUACAUCUCUCACUGCUGAUGGUGUCAAGCAGGUACUUGCAGUACUGGUAGACCUUGACUUGCUAUUGCUGAACUACAACACGCCAUGGUGAUAUUGCAGCACAUUCUGUCUGGUACUUGAGACCACAUGUCAUGUAAUCCCAUAGCUCACAGGGUGAAUGGUGACUUGUGCCCGGCCUUGCCCGCUUUUCCCAGCCAGCCCGUUGUUGACGCACACAUUUGUCCGCAUGUCCACGUUGUCACCCCCCCCCCCCCCCCCCCCCAGGCUUGAACUGACCAGCCUGCAAUACUGCAUUUCUGGGCUUGAUCUUUUUCAUUUGUACGCAUCUUAACUCGCAAAGAAGAAAAAAGAAGGCAAUGCAGCUACCAUGGCGAUGCAGCCAGCCCGGUAUUAGUAAAUUGAAAACUGCCGAGGUGCUUCUACAAUUUACAGUCUUUCUGCUGAUAUAUUAUAUCCUCAUGACUCAGAGUCAUGAUUUCACCCAGCGCCGGAGGUAGCAGCUGCACAACUGCUUCAAACAUCCCUGUAUAGUUUAUUUUCCCUAGUCAAAGGUUUAUUCUUUUCAGAGCUGAGGAGAGUUCUAUGAACGAUGUGCACACUGCUUUACCAGUUUGUUAUCAUACUGCACAUUGAGCGGGCCUUUCCGAAUGGCAUCAUGCAGCCACUGGUGAUAUGCAAUGUUUCUUUGUCUGUACUGUUAGGACCUGUUACUAUGGAGUGAUAGUGUGCUCUAAGAAGACUGCGAGUGCACAAUG